UGGUCUUAGUUGGACAAAAUUGCCCUUCAUGGAAUUACUCUUGUCAAAGCCUUUUUUACUAACUUUUUGGGUUGUAGUCUUAGCUCAUAUACUUUAGAUUGUUUUGUCCCUUGUUUAGUUUUUUUUCUUGAUCUAUUUUGGUGUGUAGCUACUCUGUAUCUUUCCAGCUCCUACAUGGUUUUACUUUUUAUUUUUUUUAUUUUUUUUAUUUUUUUUUAUAUUUAGUUCUUUCGUUUGAAAAGUAUAUAGGUCUUGUAUAUAAAAAAGCUUUGAUUUGGUCAUCAUUUCUGUUUUGGUAAAAGCUACCAAAAAUGAACUAUUAAUUUUAGUUAUUUAAUUAUAAUAUUUGUUUUUUUUUACCGGGGCUCAUUUUUACUUUCGCCCUUGGCCCAAAAUUAGCUAGGACCGACCUUGACGAAAAUGUUGCUUGAAGAAAAAGCACAAAGCGGACGCUUGAAGAACGAACGACCCUGGUUGCAGGAAGCCUUAACAGGUAUCUCUCUCUCUCUCUCUAAGUUCAAAAAAAAAGAGGAUAGUUAAUAUCUGAUAUGAAGUCUGUAUAUCUCCUUCAAUUGCUAUACAUACAAUACUCCCAAUAAAUAGAAUAACAAGUAGUAAUAUAAAUUGAUAAUGAAUAACUGAUCUCAAUUGCUAUACAUACAAUACUCCCAAUAAACAAAUUCAGAUCAUUCAUUCAGUCCCAAACCGUUUGAUUAAAUGCUAAAGAGACUAUCAUCUACGAGGUAAAUUAUAAAUAUUAUUAUUGAUACUAGAAAAUAAACUAUGAAGAAGCUUUAAUUUUUUUUCUUUUUUUCUUUUUUUCUUUUUUUUUGUUUUUUUGUUUUGCAGCUUGUCACAUAGAUUGAAGCAUUGAAGACACCAGAAAUGGUUUCGACUUUGGACUUACAAAUCUAUAUAUAAUAUAUGUUAUUUUCCAAUUUGAAUGAAUGGGUAUUAAUUAACUUUUUUGGUAUUUUCAGAUGUACCAAAGAUGUAGUCAGCAUGAACGCAUUGUCAGCAUUCUAGACGAUUAUUUGAGAAAGAACCCAAAAGAUGCUGAUCUGAGUGUGGUCCAUGUAUUGGCUUCAACGCAUAUGUUGGGAAAUGCACAUGAAAAAGCUCUUCACCAUAUUAAAAAUGCACAACAGAAUUAUUCUGCUGCUAAAGACUUACCUGUUGAGUUGUUGGUUCAAGCAGGGAUAUACCAUGUUCAUCUUGGAAACAUGGAAAAAGCACAGGCUUUCUUCGGUGUGUUCACACAUGAGACUGUAAAUGAUUAUUCUCACUUAAUUAUUGAAGCUGCUGACUCAUUAAUGACUGUAAAGCACCAUGCAUACCUUAUGUUAGAAGGGAAUGAUGGUGUCAAUAAAAAUGUGUUCAGUAGUGAAUCUCAUAGGGACAAAAUUAAUGGUAAAUCUGCAGGUGGUUGA